CUAUCAUCUGCGUCUCCUCUGACUCACGCUACGUGCUGACGUAAGAAACAUCGCGAGACUAACGCAUCACAUAAAUCUCGCAGUGAUGGCGGCGCCCCCCGAUGCGGAGAGUUUGGAGUCUCGUAUCAACCGAGCCACGAACCCUCUGAACAGAGACACGGACUGGAGCAGCAUCCACGCCUUCUGUGACCAGCUCAACAAUGACCUGGAGGGACCUCAGCUGGCCACCAGGCUCCUCGCCCACAAGAUCCAGUCUCCACAGGAGUGGGAGGCCAUGCAGGCCCUGCUGGUUCUGGAGACGUGCAUGAAAAACUGCGGGAAACGGUUUCACAGCGAAGUGGGCAAAUUCCGUUUUCUGAAUGAACUCAUCAAAGUCGUUUCUCCAAAGUACCUGGGCUCACGCUCACCUGAGCCCGUAAAGACCAAGGUCCUGGAGCUGAUCUACAGCUGGACUCUGGGGUUACCUGAAGAGGCCAAGAUCUGUGACGCGUAUCACAUGUUAAAGAAACAAGGAAUUAUUAAACAGGACCCAGACCUCCCGCCUGACAAACUCCUCAACCUCCCUCCAUCCAGACCCAAGAACGCCAUCUUCGAGGACGAGGAGAAGUCAAAAACGCUGUCCCGGCUGCUGAACAGCUCGCACCCUGACGACCUCAAAGCUGCAAACAAACUCAUCAAGGAAAUGGUUCAAGAGGAUCAGCGGCGAGCAGAGAAGGUGUCGAAGCGGGUGAACGCCAUCCAGGAGGUGAACGAGAGCGUUGCUCUGCUGACUCAGCUCCUGCACGACUAUGACAGCAAAGCGACCAAUCAGAGCAACGGUGAGCUCGUCCAGGUGAGAAACAACAUUCUUCAAUCAGAUGUCAGUGUAGAGCUCGCCGCCGCCGUGACUAACCACGGCUCGUUUCAGGACAUUUACCAGCGCUGUGAGAAGAUGAGGCCCACGCUGUUCAGACUGGCGAGUGACACGGAGGACAACGACGAGGCGCUCGCGGAGAUCCUGCAGGCCAACGACAGCCUGACGCACGUCAUCAACCUGUACAAGCAGCAGGUGACGGGCGAGGUCGUCAACGGCAACAACACGCACAAACAAAGCGGAGGGACGGCGCUGCUCGACCUCACGGGCCUGGACACGUCACCGCAGACUCCGCCCUCUUUCCCUGAGUUUCCCACGCCAACCGACAGCCUGAACGCCGCCUCGCACGAGACGGGGAUCAGUCUGCUGGACGACGAGCUCAUGUCGCUCGGUCUAAGUGAAGGAACACACCCCUCUAACCCCCCCUCACAGCCCGAGGACUCCACAGCCUGGGACUCCUUUCAGUCUUCAGACAGUAUCGACGCAGACAUCCCAGCAGCCCCCAGUCUCCUGCUGAGUCCAGACCCCCCCUCCCUCCCUCUGCCCUCUGGAUCCGCCCCGGGGAACUCGGCCCUGGAUGAGCUGGACCUGCUGGGGAAGACUCUGCUGCAGCAGUCUCUGCCGCCCGAGGGUCUCCAGGUCAAAUGGGACAAGCAGCAGACCAAACCGACUCUGAGAGACCUGCAGAGCAAGUCCGGCUCAAAUGUUACCCCCAUCCCCAUCCUGCCGUUUGACCCCCCUGUUCCCCUCGGAGCGACGCUGCUCGACGCGUCCCCGACUCGCUGCGAAGCGUCCGCCGCAGAGGUCACGCUGACCGAUGUCUUUGUCCCCCUAGAAUCCAUCAAACCCAGUAACCUCUCACCUGUCACCGUGUUUGAUGGUCACAGUCUGCGCGUUCUCUUUCACUUUGCACGCCACUCUCCUCCGUCUCGCCCUGACGUGCUGGUCAUGAUCAUCUCCAUGCUGUCGUCGGCGCCCGUCCCCGUCACCAACAUCAGCUUCCAGACGACGGCGCCAAAGUCGAUGGCGGUGAAGCUGCAGCCUCCGUCAGGAUCCGAGCUCCCGGCCUUCAACCCGGUCCUCCCUCCUGCUGCGGUCACUCAGAUCCUGCUGCUCGCCAACCCCAACAAGGAGAAGGUGGAGCUGGAGUAUCGUUUAUCGUUCACGAUGGGCGAGCAGGAGCACAGCGAGGGCGGCAGUCUAGAACAGUUUCCUCCUCCGGAGACGUGGGCGAGUCUAUAGCAGAGACACACGGGCGGCGUGACGGACUGAACGCCACUCCCACUCCACGCCAUGACACGCCUUCUUCCUUUGAAUCACUUUGGACUUUCUUUACUUUCGGCUCCGUCACCGUAACGUGUGCGUGCUGCUUUAAAUGUCUCAUCACGCCGCUGCAGCCAGACAGACGGCGUGCAGCGGCGUGAUGAGGAUCCGUUUCCCUUCACGUCUGCACAGAGAGACGCUAACGUUACGGGGACUCAUCCUCUUCCUGUGUUGUCUGCUCUGAUUGGCUGCUUUCUCUCUCUGUAACGACCACGUCUUCAUUUGCAGUUUGUUUGUUUUUCCCGCUGUGACAUCAUCGUCGUGGUUACCUGCCGGUUGUGCCUCUUCGCAGUUUGGAUGGAUCUUCUUUGUUCUCUUCGUUACGUGUUCGCAGGUCGUCGUAGAUUAUAACCUUCAAAUAUUCAAAGUGGCGUUUAUCUUUUCUUUCGCUCGUUUGUCAUUGAUUGGGUGAAUAUGCUAACGGAACACGUGGAACUCGUUGGUUCAGUCGGCGCUGCAUGCCGUCAGCUGAACGACCUCCCGACACGCCACAUUCCUCACUUCCUGUGUACAUACCCGUGAGGCGUCGUGUGAGCGUAACCAUGGUGACAGAUUCUGAAGGGUAAUAAAGAGUUUUUUCUUGGUGACCUGAA